CUUAAAUCUUAAUUACAACCUUGUCAAAACCUUAUUCAUGAAAACAAAAUUCAGUGAUUUUAAUAAAUUAUAACAUUUGUUUUCGUAAUUAAUUUGUUUGGAGUGCAUCAAUAAUAAUCCGUCGAUUGAAACGAACCGAUUGGAAUAUGAAACUUUCGCAAAUUUGAACGAUAAAUUUGGUGAUUUAAAAAGUAUCUUUAAUGAUUUACACCAAACCAAGCUUGUUUUUUAAUAGCUGCGGUUGUUGUAUAAUUGUAGUGACCCGCGGGCGUCAUACCACUCUUAUCGGACAUGUCAUGUCAGCCGCGCUUGCCAGAAGAUCCGUACACAUUCACAUUUGCGGAACCUCCAGUAACAACCACAUUUUUUAAAAAUUCUCAGAUUCAAAAACUGCCACCAAUCAAACAACUGAGCAAAGGUCAAGCCCAAAAUCAAGUAAAAUCUCAGGGAGUUGUUAACGGAAUCAGUUCAAUAUCAAACGGUUUACACACAAAAAAUCAUGUUCCGAUCUACGCCCGAUCACAACAGCAAUCGGGGCAACAUAUCCUAUUGUAUCGCAAAUCGCAGCCCAAUCAAUCACAGCAAGUAAUUAAAAAACCGGCGACAACAUGCAUUCAAGCACCUCCGCCCCCGCCACCGCCUCCAUUAUAUCAGCAAACACAGCGAACGUUCAUUGUAAAUCAACCAAAUCAUUCCGUAGCAUCAUCUCCAGUACAACAACAACAACAGAAGCAGCAGCAACAACAACAGCCAAAAGAGCAUCAGCAGCAGCUGCCACAGCAACAAUCAACAAAAAAACAGCCAAUUGUACGCACAUCGUUUGUUAGUUCUUUCGAUAAUUUCAUUGCAAACCAGAAGAAAACUUCAAUUCCAAAUAAGGUGAAAUACGAGAAGUCCGAACUAUCCGAAAAUGUGUUGAAAUCGGUGAAUGGCGGCAAGGCGAUUAAUACCACCAAAUCGAGCAAUGGUACGGCGACCAGCGGGAAAAAGAAUUCAUCAGCGCAAAUAUUUGCGAGACCGAAAGUCGAAGCGAAAGCGUUUGUAGCGAUUAAAAAAUCUACAGGGAAAUCUCAAUCGGUCACCCGUGUAAAGCGUUCCUACAGCCAAUCAUCACACCACGAAGCACUGCAACGAAUAUCUGCACCCAAAGUUCCAUCCGAAUGGCAUGCACCCGAUACAUAUGUUUUCGAUUAUGCUGGCCCCGGUUCGUUACCGGUGUCACAAAUCGAACUGAUGCCAUUCACACAAAACAUAUGGCAUCAAAGCCUGGUCAAUGCGACGGGACGAGAACAACGAUUGGAGGAGAAAAGGAACUGCUUGCGUCGACAAGCGUACCAGUUGGAACAAGCACAAAAAUUUCGUCACACUAGCGAUUCAAAGAAGAGAUUGGUCGAAGUGGUGAAAACGCUGCAAAAGCCAAAAUCCUACAAAGAACCAACUUCGACAAAGAAGUGUGUCAUUCCAUCGUGUACAAGUGAUUCCCUUGCAUUGACGGCAUACUGCUUUUUGCAUAUUACGCUUAAUACAGAUCAACGGCUGUUUCAUCCUUGCACAGCCAAAUUUGCUGAUAAUUCUCAAUGUCGUGUUCCUGUUUUCGAUAUAAGUCAUGAGUUGCCGCUGUGUAGAGAGCAUGCUUGGAAGAGGGACAACUACAAUCGCAUGUUACAAGAACAAAAACCGAAAAAACCACCCCGUAAAAAACCAAAGCCAAGUGCAAUGACUAGGCCGCCAAAACGAAAUAAGAAAAAGAAAAAGCUUCUUCCGAAACAAAAUGCUAUAUCGGCUAUUGAUCUAUACAAUCAUGCCACUGUCAUCAAAACAAAUGGUAUUGUUGUGUCGAAAGCCGGUCUCAACGAUAUUGGCCGAAACAAUGGGCCUGUUAUACAGGUGCCAAACGGUCAGGAAUUUUUUACUAUUUGUGAGAACAGUUCUGCAUAUGAAAGUUCAGAAGAUACUGGCGUGGGCGGUUUAAGCGAAUCGGAGCUCAUCGGAACAUCGGAUGAAAUUCCACUUGGCGAUACUAGGCUGUUGGAGGAACAUGAACUGACAAAUGUUCUCAACCAAUUACCAGAAGAACUGGCCGAAGAAGCGUUUAACGAAUUGUUUACUGUUCAGCACAACGAUCCGUACGAACCAACUCAGGAGGAACAAGAAGACUUGGAACGUGCCCUUGAAGAGGUUGACGAACAGGUGAAAUCACUGGAACAGAUGACCGGUCCGACCAAUUUCCUGGACGAUUUUCUCGACGACGAAAUCGCCAUUAUUGAUGAUGCCGAUAUUUGUACGGAAGUGUUACAUUCGCCGGAUCAUCAAACCGACAACCGUGGAAUGAUUCACACGUAAAAACGUUUUUUUUUUUUGGUUUUGUAAAUUUUUCUUCAGUUUUCUUUAUUAGUAAAAUGAAAAAAGAAAAAUGCACGGUAAAUCAUCGUCGUCGGAAGUAUUGCGUAAAUGGGAAAUGAAUGAAAAGAUGGAAAGUGUUUAAAUGUGAAAUAAAAAAAAUUUUGAAUAUGAAAAUAUUGAUUUUACAUUUUUGUUUCGGUGAAUAAGAAUGUAAAAUUUAAAUCCAAUUCGGUUAUUAAAUACAAGGGAGUUUGUUAACCUCUGACUAUAUUAUACAAGAUUAUUAGGCUUUCUGCAUUUGUGAUUUUAAAACAGAAAUUUUUAUUGUUAUUUUAGUGAAUUUAUUUGAAAUUAUCUAAAGUGUAAUUUUAAGCGAAGAAGAUACAGAUAGGAUCGGGGAAGGGGAGGGGUAUAAACAUUUAAAUGAUGAAAAAGAAGUUUUUAAAAAGAUAAUUUCGUAUUUAAUAGAGAUAUGUUGUGUACAAAUUAGUGAUGAGAAACAAACAGAAAAUUUCAAACAGAAGAGAAGUAAGAAAAACAAAACAGAAAUUCAAUAAAAAUGAUUACACCGAAAAGAAUUAAGUAGGUCCCUUGUAUACGUUUAUAUGUUUAGUAAAAUCAAAUUUAUUUUUUAAGUUGUUGAAACGAACUCAUUCUGAUAAACAAGAGAAGAAAGAAAAGGAGAAAAAACAAUGGAGAAGGAAGAAGAAAAUCUUAUACAAUUUACCUACUUAAUUGAAGAAAGAGAAAGAAAACAAAAUAAAAAUUGAA